UCCGGGAUUGUAUUCAUACUACACACACACACACAUACUGAUUAGUACGCACUGUCACAGUAUGCGAUUUCGGACGCAGACUUGUCUCUUUUCUCCUUGAUUCCUCUGAGUGCACGUUAAGAAUCAGUUUUAGGAAGCACCUGAGCAGCAGCGCCCCUAUCGGUGGACCCAAAUGUUGGUGUGUUGCUUAGGGACAAAAAGCGAAACAUUGCGGCAUUUCUGUUCAGGACAUUCACAGUCGAGAGGGAAAAACGUUAUUUUAACAAAUCAGGAGCAGCAGCGCCCCUAUCGGUGGACCCAAAUGUUGGUGUGUUGCUUAGGGACAAAAAGCGAAACAUUGCGGCAUUUCUGUUCAGGACAUUCACAGUCGAGAGGGGAAAACGUGCACAGAAAAAAGACACAAAGUUGGUCAGCACAUUUUAUCGUUGCAAUGGAGGAUUCAGUACUGCAGCAGCACCUGCACCACUACAAACAGGCCACAGAGUCUGCUCGAGAGGAGCUCGCAGCCCUCCAGGCCAAAUAUCAAACUAUCCACUCAAAGCUGGUGGAUUGUCAGUCCAAGCUUUCCUCUCAGGAGACUACUGUGAAAGACCUGAGAGAGGCAGGUGACCGGCACAAAGAGACUGAGGCCAGACAGGCAUCUCUCAUCAAUUCCCUCAGGGAACACAUUCACAACACAGAACAAGAAAUGAUCUCGAUUGCCUCCUCUAAAAACAUUACAGAUAUGAAAUUACAAGCACUUACCAAGGAGAAUGAAGAUUUGAAGGAAAGAGCAUUACAAAUGGAGAAUCAGUCCAAGGAGUAUCUUAAAGAAUGGAACAAGACAAAGCAAGAGGCAAACGAUUUGCAGAGGAAGUAUGAGGACUUUUUAUCCAGACUAUCCAGCAAGCUGUCUGUUGAUUUGGCUGGGAAUGAUAAACCCCUGGAGACUGUUGUCUCUUUGGUGGACUUGUGCUGCAUGGAGAGAGAUAGACAGAAGACACAGAUAUGUGCACUAGAGGAAAGUGCGAAAUCCCAUGACGUGGAGAGUAAAGCCAGCAGGGAAACAAUUAGAAGACUAGUGGCCGACGUGGACCAUGAACAGAAAGUCUCAGCUAUCCGAGCGAGUGAGCUGAACUCUAUUAGACAGGAACUUGAUUGCAUUCUGCUAAAGAAACAGGGCUUGGAAGUAGACAAUAAGAGCCUGAGGAGCAAGCUGCAGGAAAGUGAACUUGCUCUGGUUGCUGCUAGGGACGAGUGUAGACCUUAUGAGAAACAUUCUCAGGAUCUGGAGCAAAGACUCCUCAAGAGCCAAAACGAGACACAGGCACUACACAGUCGCAUGGAGUCUUUUUUGAAAGAAGUGCAAGUUAUGCUUGGAAAUGAGCCUGCCAUUUCUCUGCCUAAAGAAGAACAUGUUCUGGAGAGACUCAGAGAAGUCUGCAGAAGAGAGAAGAGCAGCACUGAGUCUGUUACAGAGAUGGAGUCCAGACUGGCUGCACUGUUACAGGAACUUGGCAGGCAGGCAGAGCUGCGCAGAGCAGCAGAACAAAGGGAGCAGCAGCUCCAGAACAAGAUGCAAACACUGGAGUCAGAGCUGUUCACCGCAGGAGUGAGCAAAGAUGAGCAGAGUCAUGACAAACAACAAUACUUGCAAUUUCUGGAGCAUCUUUCAGAGAAAAUGAGAAUUGAGCACAUAACCACAGAUCUGGGCUUUGACAUGCGACUUGAGGCCAUACUGAUACGUGCAGAACAACUGACGAGACAGGAGGGAACAGCUUUAGUGGAAACCAAGACUCUGGUUUACAAUCUUCAGAAAAAGUUCAAGGAGCAGAAGCAGCGCUUAGAGAGUAAGGAACUGCACAUGGAUCUGCUACGUAGGAAGGUGGCCCAGCUGGAUGAAGAGAAGAGGAGUCGUUCAGCACUGGCUGUGGAGAGGGAUGAUGUUACACUGGCCAGCAGGAAGCUGCAGAAGAAGGUGGAGCGGCUUCAGGCUGAGCUUAAUGCCAUGCGGCUCUCUACCACUGACCUGAAGGCCCAGCUCUCACACACCAAUGAGCUCAAGAUCAGAGUGAUGGAACAGAACAGAACCAUUGAAGAACAGACUAAAAGUCUGGGAAAACUGGAGAAGAACAAAGUGAAAGUGGAGAGGAGACUUGCAACAGCGAAGACGGAGCUCCAGAAUGAGGCACACAGAGCCAGGGAUGAACUACAGCAAGCACAGAGACUGCUCCACAGCCAGGCCAGUGCCAUGGCAGAGCUCGCUCACAGAGAGAAGAAGCUGAUGGAUUUCUGUACUGUCAUCGCUCAGAUGUUAGGGGUGAACAUGUCAGCCUCCGUUCCCAGCUGUGAGGUUAUCAAGAGGCUGGAGGUUCUUAUUCAUUCAGGUUAUCACUUUCCCCUGACCAACCAAUGUGUAGUGCCACAUCAUCAGCACCACAUGGCACCGACUCCAGAUGCCCCUUCAUGCUCUAUCAUUACAGCAGGCUCUCCAGGGCCUGAAGUACCAGUGCAGCCUCCAUUGCCCACUACAACUUCAACCUGAGCAGCAAUGCAGCAAUCAUGUAUAGUAUUUACCACACGUUGCAGUAGGUAUGAUUUAAGAACACUUGUAAUUAACCAGGUUAAAUGUGGUGCACAUUGUAAAUGAAUAAAUUAAAAUAUUGUUCUGCC